CUCAAGAAAAUCAUCAAAUUGAAAAUUAGAGGAUAAUUUGCAUUUCUUAUUUUAAAUUUUCGCGCUUUGACGUCACAUCCGCAAACUACAUACCGGAAGUGCUUUUAGUUAUCUUCUCUUCUGUACUUUUUGUGUCACAAGAAAGAUUAAUAAUGGCGGACGCUGCUCCAGCCGCACGCGGUGGCUUUCGUGGUGGAUUCGGAUCUCGUGGUGAUCGUAGAGGAGGUCGAGGCAGAGGUCGUGGCCGUGGUCGCGGUCGUGGCAAGGAAGACGCCAAGGAAUGGAUUCCAGUUACAAAAUUAGGUCGCCUUGUGCGCGAUGGAAAAAUCCGAAGUCUCGAGGAAAUCUAUCAUUUCUCUUUGCCCAUCAAAGAAUUCGAAAUCAUUGAUUUCUUCCUUGGCCCAUCUCUUAAGGACGAAGUCUUAAAAAUUAUGCCCGUUCAGAAGCAAACUCGAGCUGGUCAACGUACCCGCUUCAAGGCCUUCGUCGCUAUUGGAGACAGCAACGGUCACAUCGGCCUGGGUGUGAAAUGCUCGAAGGAAGUCGCAACAGCAAUUCGCGGUGCUAUAAUUCUCGCGAAAUUGUCCGUCGUUCCAGUGCGUCUCGGCUAUUGGGGAAACAAAAUUGGCAAACCCCACACUGUGCCAUGCAAAGUCACUGGAAAAUGUGGAUCCGUCCAGGUGCGUUUGAUUCCAGCACCCAGAGGAACGGGAAUUGUGUCGGCUCCAGUUCCCAAGAAACUAUUGCAGAUGGCUGGUAUUGAGGAUUGCUACACCUCCGCGAGGGGUUCAACUUGCACUCUUGGUAAUUUCGCGAAAGCCACUUACGCUGCAAUUGCCAAGACCUACGCCUAUCUGACGCCGGAUCUCUGGAAGGACGUUGCACUGUCGAAGCCGCCUUAUCAGGAAUUCGCCGAUUACUUGUCGAAAGCUCAUCGCCCAAUUCAGGGAUCAAGACCAAAUGAGACUGUUUAAAACUGAAUAAAUUGUCUUUCGAAACCUUGAA